AUGACAAGAAGAUAUUGGAACAUCCAUUUGGAAGAGAUGAUGGAAGCGGGAGUUCAUUUUGGUCACGGUACUCGGAAAUGGAAUCCUAGAAUGUCGCCUUAUAUCUCCGCAAAAUGUAAAGGUAUUCAUAUUAUAAAUCUUACUAGAACUGCGCGUUUUUUAUCAGAGGCUUGCGAUUUAGUUUUUGACGCAUCAAGUAGAGGAAAACAAUUUUUAAUUGUUGGGACAAAAAAUAAAGCAGCUGACUCAGUAGCACGGGCUGCAAUAAGGGCUCGCUGUCAUUAUGUUAAUAAAAAGUGGCUUGGCGGUAUGUUAACGAAUUGGUCCACGACAGAAACGAGACUUCAUAAAUUCAGGGACUUGAGAAUGGAACAAACGGCAGGGAGACUCGCUCGUCUCGCAAAGAGAGAUGCAGCGGUGGUGAAGAGACAAUUAUCUCACUUGCAAACAUAUCUAGGUGGGAUCAAAUAUAUGACAGGAUUACCAGAUAUUGUAAUCAUCGUUGAUCAACACGAAGAAUAUACGGCUCUUCGAGAAUGUAUUACUUUGGGAAUUCCAACGAUUUGUUUAAUCGAUACAAAUUGUGAUCCGGAUCUUGCAGAUAUUUCGAUUCCCGCAAACGAUGACGCUAUAGCUUCAAUUCGAUUAAUUCUUACCAAAUUAGUAUUUGCAAUUUGCGAAGGCCGUUCUAGCUAUAUAAGAAACCCCUGA